AUGAAUUAUCUCGUUUUUAUUCAUUCGAAUGAUUUAGCUCCAGCGUGCCAGGAUGGCGAUAUAAGUUGUAAGGACGGUAGCUGUGUCCCAGGAAAACGAUGCGAUCACAUUUUCGACUGUCUGGAUAAUUCCGACGAACAGGGUUGUGAAGGUUUCUGUUCUCUAUCGGAAUUUCAAUGUGACGACGGAGCAUGUAUAGACGACCGGUUACGUUGCGAUAAGCUUAGAGACUGUCGCGAUGGUUCCGAUGAAAAGGAGUGCGCAUGCGGUCCUGAUGAAUUUGAUUGUGGCGAAAAUUGUAUAGAUCUAAAGUACCGUUGCGACCAAUAUGAAGACUGUAAAAAUGGCCAAGAUGAAAUUGGCUGUGGUACUAAAUGUAAUCGCGAUGAAUUUGAAUGCGUCCCAGAUGGAAGCUGCAUACCUGAUAGCCAAAAAUGCGACGGUCGUCCUGAUUGCAGUGACAAUUCCGAUGAGUAUGACUGUCCCCCUGUAGGCCCUACAUGUAGAUCCAACCAGCUGAGAUGCAGUGACGGGUCCUGCAUAGAAUCCUACCAGCAGUGUGAUGGGAUCAAAGAUUGUCCGUCCGGCUCAGACGAGGAAGGAUGUC